AUGACAGCACGGUGCACCUUUGAAGAGGGUCACAUAGCUAUUCCUGGCUUCAGAGAAACGACAUUUGUCCCGAGGAAGCGAGAAUAUGUAUGCCCUGGAAACAUUCCGAAUUCUAGAGAUAAUGAGAGAUGCAGCGCUGCCAGUGCAGGGAUACUUCUCCAAUCUCCUGUUCAUACUGCCUUUGCCCAGGCAUGCAGUCAACCCCCACUCUCAAGCACCCUGGCUGAGAUUUUCUCCAAAGUUACCUCCGCAAGAACGGAUGCAGACGCUCGCGUUCGAACCCCUCACCCUUGCAUUCAGAUAUAUCGUGUCUUCCGCCUUAUCUCGCACUCCGACACUAUAUAUUGA